AUGUUGGGCCAAGAGUGGCUAGCCCAAAUGACAAUUUUUCUUUUAUUUGGUGCCAACUGCAAAGAAGACCACCCAUGUGUAGAGCAAUUUACUCUGCAAUUAACCUCCAAGAUUGAAGCAAUUGAGAAGAAAACAUAUACAGUGUCAGAGAAGCAAGUAACCUUCACUUUUGAACUGGUUCCCUCAGACAUGAAAUUUCUGGCUUUCCUUAAUGGGGAACUUAACAAUGCUGCCACUUAUUUUUCCAGCUUUGCAAAUGUAUCAAAAGAGGACUGUGUUACACUGAAUGGAAAAUUUGGGCUAAUGAAUGAUUGCAAGUGGAAACCAUGGCCAUACAAAGAUAGAUUAAACAUUGCCAAACAGGUAGAAAGUUUUUAAGGCAAAGCUUCCCUCCAGCCUUGCAGCCUCAACAAAAAAAGAACAAAAAUCACCAAAUUUAUUGCCAGUAAUAAAUCAAGGCAGGAAUUUCAGCCACUGAUUGGAAAGUUGUGUGAUAAAGAGGUUGUAGAGCCCCUUCACCUUAAAAAAAACAAUGGGGUACAGCAUUUACACACAAUGCUAUUAAACCUAGCAAUUUCUUCAAGUAACCUCCCACAGAAGAUCUCCAGCCUAUCAGACCUAUCCCCAGCAUGUGUAAUGUCAAGGUACAUGAAGGCACUAGAGUGUGAUGUAAAAGCUGGACGUUUGAAAAAGCAGCUAGGAAAGUGGAUGCUGGAAGAUAGGUCUAAGGACAAAGACUUUUCUUACAGACUGACUGGAAAGGACUCAAGACUUAUUUUGCAUGGGUUUAUGUACCUUGUGAAUGCCAUCAGGGGGGAUUCAGAUGAUCCCAAAUUGCUUAUGAAACUUUUGUUCAUUGUUUUCAUUGCAAUGAAGCUCAGAGAUUGUGCCUCCAUUUUUUCAAUGUACCACAUUACUCAGCCAGCCAUUGAUGAACUCAAGGUCUUAGCUCGGGAUUACUUCACAGCAGUCACACUCUUCACAGGCACUGUAUCAGGGACAGUUUGGAGCAUUGGACAUUUGGUCCCAGUUCACACCCAGUGGGUAUUUGAGAAAUAUGAAACUGGAUUAGGAGUGAACACCAUGCAAGGGAGGGAAGCCAAGCAUGUUCAAAUUGCCAGCUAUGCAAGAAACAGCCUUUAUAAAGACCGCUGGAAUCAGGUAUUCAGGCAUGAUUACAUCAGUAAACUUUGGCUC